UACAGGUUUAGUGGCAUAUACACAAGUCCCUCCCCAGCCCCCCCGUGGUGAUCAGUCAUCCUGCUCUCAGAUAACGCGUCAUUCUCUUCUCGAUUACGCAGCGGGAUUUACAUGAAACUGUUAAUUGUUUGCUCUUCAAAUAGUCGGCCUGGAGCCAGCAGUCUGCCACAAGUUAAGGACCGACUCUUUGAGCGCCCACCCCCAACCCCCCACUCUAUCCCUACCUCUCCGUCCUCCUGUCUGGACGUGCUGGAAGAAUCAGCAUGACAAAACAUUAGUCGGGGCACAACCUGAUGGCACCACCCGCUCUCUCAAACCUCCGAAACCACCAGCUCGACUUGAGCUGGGAUGCGCAGCCGACUUAUCCGCCUGGCCACGUUGCGUGGAGCUCCGCAGCUCGCCACUGGAGUAACCAGCAUUCGGCCCAGAUGGUCCCCCGGUACCCGCCACCGAGCUUCGAGACGCCCGCAGUGGCGCACCCGCAGGAGCACAUGAGCGGUGCAUUCAUGGAUAAACUUGUAGAACCAGAACCGUCGCACGGGAGAUCUCACGAUGCUGACCCCAAACUAAAAGCCGCUACCCGGGAUGCGUGGAGCGGUGACCGGGGGACAACCAGUGCAAGAGGGGGCAAGAAGAAAAAUUACCAGCGGUACCCCAAACCACCAUACUCGUACCUUGCAAUGAUUGCCAUGGUGAUUCAACGCUCUCCAGAGAAGAAGCUGACGUUAUCUGAGAUUCUGAAGGAGAUCAGUACCCUCUUUCCAUUCUUCAAGGGGAGCUACAAAGGCUGGAGGGAUUCUGUGCGACACAACCUGUCUUCAUACAACUGUUUUGUUAAGGUGUUAAAAGAUCCCAGCAAGCCUCAGGGCAAAGGUAACUUCUGGGCCGUGGAGCUGAGCUGCGUUCCCAUGGAGCUCUUAAAGAGGCAGAACACGGCCGUGUCCCGCCAGGAUGAGACCAUCUUUGCUCAGGAUCUGGCCCCUUACAUCUUCCAGGGACACAAGAUAGAUUUGGAACCACCGCCGCCCACUGACCCCGUGACCACUCUCCCUCCCAUGCAGCCCAGUAACCUCUCCCCACCCCAGGAGGACUCAUUCCGGCCCAAACUGGACUCAUCCUUCGCUAUUGACUCUUUGCUCCACAGCCUUCGCCCUAAUAGUGGUUCAGAGGUUGUGGACAUGAGAGACUGCUGGGGCGAGACUGAGCGCCCCCAGUUAUCGCCCCCUCCGCACCCUCGCUACGCUUCCUCCGCCCGCAGUGUUUCUGCCAGCUCAGCUAGCCCAGCGUCCACCUCCUCUUUUUCUUCUGAGGAAGACUGGAAGUGGGUGUCUCUUCAUGGCAAGCGUCUCCCCCCUGAUGGUCAAGCAGGGUACGAGGAAUACAAACCUCCUCUGCAAAAGUCAGCACGACGGGAUGCUAUUGCAGUCCCUUGGGAGCUGCCCACCUCCUAUACCAAAUACGCCCCACCCAAUGCGGUCGCCCCGCCAAGCACGCGGUUCAACAGCGGGUCGCUAAUGCCCCUACACGGUGGACUUCCUCUUUACGGCUACGGGAGCUCUCAUAUGGCGCCGGGUCACUUUCUGGGCCACACCUACUGGCCCAUCCUUCCUAGCGGACGGGUUUCCGUCCAACCCACUCCGCUCAUGAUGGACUUGGACAACAUGCUUAAGUCUGUGCCACCAAAUAAGAGUGUGUUUGACGCACUAAUGGCUCCCAAUCAAGACUCGCAUCACCAAGCAGCCAGUCAAUACUCCCUGCAGAAUGGGUUAUCCUUAAACCGGUACUCUCAGUACUGACUCGGUGGAGCUAGGGCCUCUUUUUUACUGUCACUUUAUCGCAAUGACAUCAGUUUGUACCAAAAAAAAAAGUAUUCAUAAUUGAAACUACCUUAAAAGAUGCAACCAAAGCAGAUCUACUUGAAUCCUACAAGUAAAACAAUUUGCAUAUUCCCGCAUCACAUCACCGCACUGCCGGACUUACUAGGGCAGUUUUUCAUUAGCAAGAUUGUUUUUAUUAGACAGCUGAAUGUGUUUUGUACUGACUUUUACGGUUGUUUGAAAGGAACAAGGCAGUAAACGGUGCGUAGAAUAAAAUCUUGCGGCAUUACAAACUCAUUAAACACAUUACAUUUAUCCUGCUUUAAUAAUGCAGUGAAGGCACACAAGUGCCUGAUGAAUUGUUUACACUCUAUUGCGACAUGCACGGAUCACUCAGACUUAUUAUAUGUAGCGGUUUGAAUGUCCCUUUAAAUAUUUCUCAGGUUUACCGUUGUUUUUUUUUUCUUUUUCAAACUGUUAAACCACUACCUCGAGUUUUUAUACUGUCGACGAUGUAGACUUUGCACAGUGGGUUAAUUUGCACUCUUUUGAAGUCAUGAGAUUGUCUAUCAAAACAAAAGUAUU